AUGCCUUCGAUUCGGUCACUCCUGUUCGCUGGACUCCAGGUUACUGGCUUUGCGCUGGCCGACUUUACCGAUAACCAUGAGGACACACCAGAUGUUGGCGGUUUUAGGCAAGCCUUGGGUCGCCUACCUGAAGAGUCAAUCCAUGCCGCACUGUCUGGACAUCUAGGAGGAAAGUAUCAGGCUGGUGUAUUCGAGAAGGACCACAGAGCCAUGGAGCAUAUCCAUAACGACAACCCGUCGCUGGCUCAGCGUCUCAUCGAGAUUGCGAAGCACGAUGUCGCUGUUAGAGCAGAACUACGCAAGAGACAGGACAACUCCGCCGACAACGCAACCGCCAUCGCCGUCCCUUCGACCUCUUCGACUGAGGCAUCUUCGACCAGCACCGAGGCCAUUCUCGUUACCGAUUCAAGCACAACGUCCGUUUCCUUGAGCACAGAGACAUCAGCUCCGUCGACAACCAGUGCUCCUGCAUCAACUACUGGAUCGUCUGUAGCUCCUUCGAGCACCACAGGAGGUGAGAGCAGUGCUGAUUUGUCGUCCGCUUCUUCCUCUGCAUUAAGUUCUGCUUCCCCCACGUCAAGCUCGGAUACUGUUGUUGCUCUCUCUUCCGGCUCGUCUGUUGUCUCUUCCUCCCAGGCCUCGACCUCCGAGACCUCCUCUGUCGCCCAGAGUUCUGCUUCCUCCCAACAGAGCUCUGGUUCUUCUGCUGCUGCGUCCUCCUCCGCAGCACAGUCUUCUGUUCCGUCCUCUACCCGCGAGACUUCCCAGACCUCUGAUGCUUCUUCUGUUUCACCGUCCUCAUCCCCUUCUUCUGGUGCAACUUCGUCUGGACGUAGCUCAUCAGUUAUAGCAUCCUCCACUGAGGACUCAUCCUCUGCUUCUUCCGCAAGCUCAGCAGCCGCUUCUUCUUCUGCCGAAAGCUCUGCCGCCGCAUCCUCACAGAGCUCUGCCGCCAGUUCUAUCGCACCUACCGUUGUCGCCGUUACCACCACAAACUCAGCUGGAAGCACCAUUGAGAGCUCGGCCACCGCUUCCCGCGAGAUUGCUGCUUCUAGCAGUGCCACCGCUGCUUCGACUGCUUCUGGUGUCCUUGUCCCUGUUGUUCUGUCAAGCACCAACAACGAUGGAAGCACCGUGGUCCAGACUACUUCGGCUUUCCAGCCAUCUGCAUCCGUCAGUGUCGAGCAGACCUACACCACUACCAACUCACAAGGUCGUGCUGUGACCACUUCUGCUCGUUUCCCUGGUGUUGUCGUCGUCAGCACUGACUCGCGUGGCUCAACCUUUUCAACAACAUCGGCUGUUGCUAGCGUAGCUGUCAACCAGAAUGGAGACAUUGUCAGUUCUGUCAAUGCACCUGAGCCAAGUGGCAGCACUCGUGUUACCAGCGAUUCUGAGGUUGUUACUACUACCGAUCAGUACGGCGCCAGCGUAGUCCUCUCUGGUGCUUCUCGUGGAGCAGUCAUCACUACUACGGAUGCUAAAGGUUCUACCUUCAUCACCACUUACACUCCUGGUGGUGGCAGAGUCAGCUCUCUCGUCUUGAUGACUACUACCUUGCCCGACGGCGCACCCAGCACUGUGACCUCGUUGGCGGUUGUUGGUGGUGCACAAGCCGCAAGUGCCUCUUCGGAACGCCCUAGCUCUACCAACACUGCCGCUCCUGGCCUGCAGUCUGGUGCUGCUAGCGCAUCUCGCGCCCAUAUGAAGGGUGCAUUUGCUGUCGUCGGUGGUGCCCUCGGCUUUGCCUACAUGCUCUAG